CAGAAAAGUCCAAGUCCAGCAAAGACCUUAUAAAGACGGUGGUUUGACAUUUGUAGGUUGCAGUACGUCAGAAAAGCACAACGAGGAAACCGACGGGCACCGCCACGUCAGCCUGCCCCCCACCAUGUGACGAACUUUCGGUGCAAAUUUUCACUUUCCCAAUUUUCCUUCUCUUUCUUAUUAUUCUCCACUUUACCGUCGAUCCGCCGCGUUUCCUUUUUGCAAAUACACAAAUGGACUCUUCGCCCGCCGCCGCUAGUGCCUUUACUCUCCGGCAUUCCUCUUCUCCUAGCCAUCACUACCUCGAUCUCUUCUCUUCCCCGCCGCCGUUAUCGCCCUCUGUUGUCGCCAGCUCUGAUGAGUUCAACGAAUCAGAGGUCUUCUGGACCUCUGAUUUCGCGCAAUCCAAUAACCGUCCGUUUCGCACGAGAAAAAUAUCUACCGAAGAUCGCACCUCGAGUUUCGACCCUCCAAACUCCGGUAUCCUCGCUGCCUUAUCAGAUGAUGCCGAUUUUAAUAGCAAACAGAGAAUCGGUACGAUUGUCACUCGGGAGACUACAAUGGCUAUGGCUAUAUCCUCCUCAUCGUCGCGAUGGAUUCCGAAGCCGAUUCAGAGCAGUAAAGAAUAUUCUCAAUCGAUGCCGUCUAGGAAGUUUCAGCAAUCAGCUCCGAUUAACGUGCCGAAGGCGAUGAGGAAACAGAGGAAUAAUGACGAGAUUCGUGCGGCGGAGGAGGAGGAGGAUGAAGAGAUGCUGCCGCCGCAUGAGAUCGUGGCGAGAGGCGUCGGCGUGAUGCCGAACACGACAUUUUCAAUGCUGGAAGGCGUUGGAAGAACUCUGAAAGGGAGAGAUCUUCGUCAAGUCAGAAAUGCGGUAUGGCACAGAACAGGUUUUGUUGAUUGAAUUAGGUUUCGUUAAUUUUGAUUUUGGUUUUGAUUUUCGCUUCGACGUUGUUUUGUUUCCACAAUCCAUUAUUUUUGGAGGGAUGAAAGUGGAAGGCAUUCUGUGUAUUCGUUUGGGAUGCUUCUUCCCCGUUCGAUUAUCGAUCGAUCAUCAGUUUUUU